UGUCCGCUCGAGCUCAAGAUGAAAAAGAGCAGGAAGACAGACUUCUGGCAUGGAAAGAUCAAGUAUGAGGAUUAUGAAGAAGAGAUUGAAGAUCCAGCAGACGUGGAGCAAAUGAUUAGAAAAGCUCAGAAUGAAAUAGCUGGGACCGGCAUGGGCAUCAGUGACAAGCUCAUCAGCCUGGAGGUGACAUCGUCCAACAUUCCUGACCUCACACUCAUCGAUCUGCCUGGUAUUACCCGUGUAGCAGUCAAAGACCAACCGGAGAACAUUGGAGAACAAGUAAAUUUGGGGAACAGCACACUGUAUGACAAAAGAAAAGCCACCAUUCCCAACCUGGCCGAGAAACUCACGCUUGAACUCGUCCUUCAUAUUGAGCUAUGUCUGCUGCAACUGGAGGAGCAAAUCUUGAUGAAGUUGGCUGAAAUUCAGGCUGAAGUGGACCGCUAUGGCUCAGGGCCUCCUAUAGAACCAGAACAAAGGAUCUACUCCGUGACUGAUAAAAUCACAGCAUUCACUCAGGAUGCCAUCAACCUGACGACUGGAGAGGAGGUGAAGAGCAUGUCAUAUAUAAACAUCUUCUCAGGUCUGAGGAAGCAGUUUUCUCUCUGGAAGAAUGAUCUAGUCAGUGGAGGAGAGACAUUUAACAAGAGGAUUGAGAAGGAAAUGCAGGCGUAUGAGGAAAAAUACAGAGGCAGAGAACUUCCAAGCUUCCUCAACUACAAGACCUUUGAGGUGAUAGUGAAGGGCCAGAUCAAGCAACUGGAGGAACCUGCCAUCAGGAGACUGAAGGAAAUCUCAGAUCUCAUUAAGAAGGAGUUCAUCCAACUGGCUCAAUCCAACUUCCCAGGUUUCCCUAAUCUCUAUAAAAUAGCAAAGGUAGGUCCUCAUAUUUUCACCCGCAAACUUUACAGACAAACUCUGCCUACAUUUGCUAAAAGCAGUCGCCGUACUUGCUCCAAAGAGGUGCACCUCACUUUAGUACCAGCACCUUCAUAACACCUACAAUGACACAGCAAGGAAAUACCAUUGGGCACUGAUAUCUCCAUUAGAACACACCUUCCAGUUAAACAUAAAGGAGCUCACCCAGAAGUAGGUCCAGGAGGUUGUUACAGCCAGAACAAGGUUGGCACUAUAGGCCAGCAGAGUGCAAUACAUGGUCUAUAAAAGAGGUGGCUCAGGCUCUUGCACUGUCUCUAGAGGUUCAAGGUGGUAUAGAGGACAGGAAGGUGGCCCAGCAAUGGAAAUUUGCGGUGGGUGUCUGGAUCCCAAAAGAGGAGAACUCAAGUAACAUUAGCAAUUCAGGACAAUCUCUCUCCUCAGUGCUGAGGUAAAAGUAUUUUUCUUUUUUGUUUUGCCUGACACCUGACAGAGUUUGUUUUUUUUUUUUCUGGAGGAACUCCUAUAUGAACAUUUCUGUGCAUAAGGAGGGAGUCCUAAAGGUAUCAACAUGCAUUGAACACACAGAAGUUGUCACCCAGCUGAACCAAGAGGCAUGGGAAGGUAAAUGAGACCUGGUUGGUUUUUGGCUUGACCUCACCAAUGCCUAUGGUUCAAUCCUACAUAAACUGGUGGAAACUUUACUGGUCAGCCAUCAUGUUGCAGGUUAUUUGUCUUUAGACAGAUCUGACUAAACUAACAACACAAAAAAGAGCAAUUCACAGAAACAAUAAAACAA